AUGGCUUCCAUCGAGCCGCAGCCCGGCCGCCAAGAGGCUGGCGCCGACAUCGAAAAGUCCCAUGCCAUCGACAAUGGCGUCAGGGAGGUCGACGAGAAGCAAGCUUCCGACGUCGACAGCGAGGUGUUCCAGCCCGGUGUCCAGCGCGUCAGAGCCGUCACCUCCGUCUGGACCAAGAAGACCAUGAUCAUCAUGUUCUGCCUUCUCUACCUCGUCUCCUUCGUCGAUGCGCUCCUCCAGUCCGUCCAGGGCAACCUGAACGCCUUCAUCACCUCCUCUUUCAGCAAGCACGGCCUCCUCGCCAUCGUCAGUAUCUUCGCCACCAUGCUCUCGGGAUGCUGCCAGCUGGUCAUUGCCAAGAUCAUCGACAUUUGGGGCCGCUCCGAAGGUUUCGGGAUCCUGAUGCUGUGCAGUCUUGUCGGCAUGAUCCUGAAGGCGACGUGCCAGAACAUGGAGGCCUACGUGGCCGGACACACCAUCUACUACGUCGGCCACUUCGGCAUGGUUUUCGUCAUCGACAUCAUGCUCGCCGAUAUGACAUCGCUGAAGAACCGCAUGAUCAUGUUCGGCAUCAAUGGUACCCCGACCAUCGCGGUGACGUUUGCCGGCCCCCGUAUCUCGGAACUCUUUUACACCUACUCCAACUUCCGCUGGGCGUUUGCCGCUUUCGCCAUCAUCCUCGUCGGCCUCUGCGCCCCCGCUCUCCUGGUCAUGUUCUUGAUGCAGCGCAAGGCCGAGAAGGAAGGCCUCCUCGAGAAGACGCGCGUGACGUCCGGCCGCAACUACUGGCAGGGCUUCUGGUACUACUUCAUCCAGUUUGACAUGAUUGGCAUCAUCCUCCUCUGCGCGUUCUUCGUCCUGCUUCUGCUUCCUUUCAGUAUCAUCUCGUACGCAUCCAACGGCUGGAAGAGCGCGCACAUCAUUGCCAUGCUCGUCAUCUCCAUCCUCUGCGUUCCCGUCCUGUACAUCUGGGAGAAGAAGUUCACUCCUGUGCCCUUCAUCAAGUACAAGUACCUGAAGGAAAGGACCAUCAUCGGAUCUUGUCUCCUUUACGGCAUCAUGUUCAUUUCCAUCUUCACCUGGGAUGCGUACUACCAGUCCUACCUGCUCGUCGUCCACAGGCAGAGCAUCACUCACGCCGGUUACAUUCUCAACGCCUUCUCCCUGACCUCGUCCUUCUUCGGUCCCUUCUACGGUCUGUUGAUCCGCUGGACCGGCGACUUCAAAUACACCGGUCUUGCUGGUGUCCCCUUCGUCCUCCUCGGCACGGCGCUCCUGAUCCCCUACCGGUCGCCCAGCGCCCCCGUGGGUGUCCUCGUCGUCCUGCAGAUGCUCAACGGUGUCGGAACCGGUAUCUGGGCCGCGUGUGGUCAGAUCUCCAUCAUGGCCGUCACUUCCCACCAGGAAAUCGCAUCCGUCAUGGCCAUCUGGAACUUGUUCGGCUCCAUUGGCGCCACCGUUGGCUAUGCCAUCGCCGGCGGCCUGUGGAACAACAUCAUGCCCUCGGCCCUCAACAACAACCUGCCCGACUACGCCAAGAACAGAACCGCCGAGAUCUUUGGCAGCGUCGAGAUCCAGAUGUCCUUCCUGGACGGCGACCCAAUCCGCGACGCCAUUGUCGCCUCUUACGCCGAUGUCCAGCACAAGAUGGUUAUCACUGGUGCAUGCUUCAUCCCUCUGUGUCUCGCCUGCGUCCUCGCCUGGAAGCGGAUCAACAUCAAGAAGCUUGAGGAAGAGAAGGGUACUCAGACCAAGGGACAGGUGUUUUAG